GAGGCGGAGGAGGAAGACAACCCUUUCCCCGACAUCUUCUAUCACCUCUACAUCAUCAUCAAUCUCUCUCUCUCUCUCUCUCUCCCUCUCUCUCUCUCUCUGUACAGUGACGUGAGAAAGCAGGGAGAAGAGCAGCAAAAACCAAAAAUCCUGCGCACUAAUUGGAGGCCGGAUAGACGACAGGCCACCAUCAUGAGAAGAUCAUCAGAUUCUGCCCCUCCACCGUGUUGUAAUAAGCUGCUUACAAAUAUUAAUGGCAAUAACAGCGACGGUGGCGGCAGCAGCGGUGGCAUGUCAAGUAAUAAACUGCGGAAGGGGCUGUGGUCGCCGGAGGAGGACGAGAAGCUGAUAAGCUACAUGAUGCGGAACGGGCAGGGCUGCUGGAGCGACGUCGCCAGGAACGCCGGGCUGCAGCGCUGCGGCAAGAGCUGCCGGCUCCGCUGGAUCAACUACCUGCGACCCGACCUCAAGCGCGGCGCCUUCUCUCCCCAGGAGGAAGACCUCAUCAUCCACCUCCAUUCCAUCCUCGGCAACAGGUGGUCACAAAUUGCGGCUAGGCUACCGGGCAGGACUGACAAUGAAAUAAAGAACUUCUGGAAUUCUACCAUCAAAAAGAGGCUCAAGAAUCAACCAGUACAGUCGACAACAGUAGCAGGAAAGCAAAGCCAUGGCAGUUCCGAGACUAAGGAUCAUGAGAUGACGGGAGGAUUCACAUCCAUGCAGGAACCUGCCAUCAUCAUGUACAUGGACUCAUCGUCUUCUUCUUCCUCCUCAUCCUUAUCCAUGCAAGCUUCCAAUAUUCACAGCAACCGUUUCCAUCCGUCUCCGUUGCUAGAAGCCGGCUAUGGCGGCGCCACAACCGGCUUGACCAGCUACCUCCACAUGCCCACCAGCUUAAUGGACGGCGUAAAUGCUAAUAUUAGCAGUGGCUUGGAGGCAGCUUUUCCUAUCAUGCAUGGCACUAAUGGGCAAUUUUUCGUGCCAUCUUUGGAUAACAGCAUCGAAGAAAUCACCACUGCCGCCACCACCAGCGCCGCUGCCGCCACUCCUACCACCACUACGACCACCAAUGCUGAUAACAACUACUAUAAUACCAAUAACAAUGCUGGCGAUGCUCAUUAUUGGGAUGCAGACAAGUGGAGGUUGAGGGAUUGGGAUUUGGAGGAGUUGAUUGAAGAUGCAUCCUUCUCUUUACCCUUCCUUGAUUUCCAAGCUGAAUAGCAUUCACAUGCAGGCUUCUAGUAGGUCAUGCAGUCUUUUGACGCAUUAAAAUUUGGGGUCCCAAUUUUUUUUUUAUUAAUUUUGUGUGCCUUUUCUUUGAAGGGCUAGUAGCUGCUCAAUUAAUUAGUUCCAUGCUCCUAAAGGCUUUCCAAAGGAGUCCUACUAGUUUAUUCCCUACCUUACUUUUUUGAGUUUAUUAGAUAAAAGAAAAAGAAGUAAUCACAUGAAGAGGCUUCAAGUUUUUUCACUCACACAAUCCCGUGGGAUUUGUGCAAUUUGAGUUUGGAAAAACCAGAAGAGGUUUUCAUGGUAUACAAAAUAAGGGUACGUAUCUACUCAUGAAUGACACUUCAAGUUCAUCAACUUCUUUUUCUUUUUUUUGUUAACAAAAAGUUUUUUUACUUUUCCGGAUGCAUGCAUCAUAUUAGUGCUCAUGAUAGCUGGUUAUAUAUAUUGGUCAUACAAUAUUUUAGUGGGAAAAGGGUGAGCAGCAAUUAAAGGCAAAAUUAUGGGUAUAUAUGUACUGCUGAAAAUAGAAACAUGUAUAUAGAAAAUUCAGUGCUUCAUUUUUUCUUUGUGUCGUGAUACUGUAAUUUGCUUU